ACGUGUUUGGAGCUCUGCUGGAUCGCUUUGGUCAUCGUCGUCUUCGUUAUAGGCUGCUCGCUCUCGCGCCGUAUCGAAUCCAUGCGCGCUUCUUGUAUCGGGGCUGGAGUACAACUCGUCUUCAGCGAGAGCCAUCACAUGCGCUUGAUUUGAUACUCGCACGCGACUGGACUCAGCGCCCCUUACCCAGCUGCAGCACACGCGACCACAUCCACGGCAACCACACCAACUGUCGUGCGCCUGGCUUGUCGGAUUGUAAAUGUGAUAUUCAGGGAGAAGAAUUGCUGCUGAUGGCAAACGCUGCUGCGCUUGCGUCAGGAGUUCUGCAGACAGGCUGCAAACGGCGCAGCCUGCGCAAAGACGAGGUUGCUGACGUCAGCUGGUUGGAUGAAGGGAUGAGUUGGCUCCCGCACACCUUAAAGACCGAGGUGUCGCACCGUGAACAGGAAGCUACAUCAGCAUCAGCCACAGGUCCGUGCAUGAUUGCAAAAGAGGAGAUGGCGACAGGGGAUUUUAAGACAGGAGCGGACGAGUUACAAUGGGACAAUAAAGAAGCUCCUGGGGAGGAGAGUGGAAUCAAGAAUGUUGCUUACCUGGGAUUGCUUCUAACGAGCUCUUCCAGUAAUGAGUCGCAUGCACAAAACGAGGAGUUCACAAGAACUGCCACAAACAGUCCUGGAGCGGUGCAGCAGGGAGAUGGCAUGCUGCUGGAUAAACGAACGGGCGGAGCUGGGAAGCCAGACUCGCUGCACGAAGGAUGGACAGCUGUUGGAGAACCUCAGCCCGAGCCUUUGAGAGCAGUCAGCAGCUGA